UGCUAUAUAUGAAAUUAUAGCAAGUUUGAAAAGUCAUUAUCUUCAACAUGUCAGUCACAAUAAUCCUAGCACUGCUACUUCUGCAGAUAAUGAACUUUGUAAAUUGUCUGAAUAAUAACUACUCCUCCAUUAGAUGCCCCUUUCGUCUAUCUUGUUCUAAUAACAAGCAGCAAAUCCUUGAAUUUCCCUCACUACCAGUAUCUGAAAAAUUCAUUGUCGAAGACAUAGAUUGCAAAAGGAAACGUAUAGUCCUAUCUGACUCACACAACUGUUUUUCUAGUCUCUUUCUAAGACACAACGUAUCACUAUUUUAUCCAUUCCAUUUUCAACCAGGUUUUCGCUUUAGCAGCAACAAUGUCACUUUCUUUAACUGUUCUUCAGUUCGACAACACCGUCUCAAAAGCUGGGACGAUACAAACCCCGGCGCCCAAGACAUGUUGUCUUGUCCGAUAUAUGUAGCCGAUCCGACCGAAAGUAUCGUUGAUCUAGACUUAUUAAGCUGCACAAGAAUAUUUGAUAAAGUUUUGCCAAUAGACGCAUUUUAUAUAAGGCUAAACAAUCUUGAAUUGAAUUGGACUGAAACAAAUUUUGACAGUCGAUGUUUAGAGUACGAGUUACACAACAAGUCAAAGAACCACACAUCUAUUAUUUUAGAAACAACAGGAGCAAUUGUUGGUUCAACUAUGCUGGUUUUUUUUAUUGGUGUUUUCUUUCGAGUAUACUUGUAUUUUCGGAUGAAAAGUGAAGAUCAAACUAGACUUGAAAACUUUUUGAAGGAUUACGAAGCUUCAAAGCCUACACGAUUCUCUUACGCCGAUAUCAAGAGAAUUACAGAUCAAUUCAACGAAAAACUAGGCGAAGGAGCUCAUGGAGCUGUCUAUAAAGGCAAACUAUCGAGCCAAAUUAUGGUUGCUGUGAAGAUGCUUAACAAUACAGAAGGAGAUGGGAGAGAGUUCAUUAAUGAAGUGGGAACUAUGGGAAAAAUUCACCAUGUUAAUGUUGUUCGCUUGCUUGGCUUCUGCGCGGAUGGAUUUUAUCGAGCUUUGGUUUACGACUUUUUCCCGAAUGGUUCACUACAAAAAUUCAUAUCUCCGCCCAACAACAAGGAUGCUUUCCUUGGUUGGGACUUAUUGCAACAUGUUGCUAUAGGCAUUGCCAAUGGGAUUGAGUAUCUUCACCAGGGUUGUGAUCAUAGAAUUCUUCACUUUGAUAUCAAUCCACAUAAUGUGCUGUUAGAUGACAAUUUCGUUCCAAAAAUAUCAGACUUCGGUUUAGCUAAGUUGUGUUCGAAAAAUCAAAGUACGGUCUCGAUGACUGCAGCGAGAGGAACGUUAGGGUACAUGGCUCCUGAAGUUUUUUCUAGAAACUUUGGGAAUGUCUCUUAUAAGUCAGAUAUAUACAGCUACGGUAUGUUGCUGUUGGAGAUGGUUGGAGGAAGAAAGAAUACUAAUGUGACCAUAGGUGAAGAAAAUUUCCAAGUUUUGUAUCCAGAUUGGAUCCACGGUUUGCUCGAAGGGAGAGACAUACAUAUCCCAAUUGAUGAAGAGGGAGAUUUUAGAAUUGCAAAGAAACUUGCAGUCGUAGGACUUUGGUGCAUUCAGUGGCACUCGGCGGAUCGUCCGUCUAUGAAAACCGUGCUGCAGAUGCUACAAGGAGAGGGAGACAAGUUAAAAGUUCCAAAAAAUCCUUUCAAUGCUUCAUCUUCGGCUAAUAGAACUGCAAAUACUGCUGCAGGAUAUUUGAAGUUAGAACUAGAUGUGAUUCAAGAAUUAGAAUAGAAUUUUACUUUUCCAU